GCAUUUGUUUCCCCCUGGAUGCCCAACGGGACUUUGGAAUCUUACCUUAAGCAUGCACAUGAGACCCUCUCGAUGAUAGAUAGGCUUCGGCUGCUUAAACAGAUUGCAGAGGGACUCCAAUACCUCCACGACAACGACGUAAUCCACGGUGACCUCACCAACGGCAAUGUUCUGGUUGCUGCCGAUGGAUCCCCUCGUCUUGCAGAUUUUGGUAUCUCCAAUAUCAUGGUACAAUCCAACCCUGCCUUUUCCUACCACACCGGUUCAGUACGUUGGGCCGCUCCAGAGCUUCUUGACCCCCCAGAAGAGCAACCCAUACAAUGCGCCACGAAAUCUACCGAUAUAUACGCUCUCGGCGGUAUCAUGCUUCAGGUCCUACAUGCGAAACAGCCUUACUGGUGGCUGAAGUCUGCCAUACACGUUAUUUCUGCCAAGUUCAAACGUACAGAGCCCAUUGACUCCUCCGUUGAGAUCGAGCCUGAUCACCUGGAUUUCAUGCGGCGGUGCUGGUCAACGAAGAGCGAGCUUCGUCCAUCAGUAGAAGAGGUGAUAAAUUAUCUUCAAGAAGCACUGUCAAACGAGACUUCACCUGUAUAA